UUCGAUGGCCCAUUGCCAGCAGACUGGAUGGAAACGAAAUGCUAGAGAUCCAAGUGUACAAUUACAGCAAAGUUUUCUCCAACAGACUCGUUGGGACUUUCUGUAUGGUACUUCAGAAGGUGGCUGAAGAGGGACAUCUAGAGCUGACUGACACACUCAUUGAUGAUAACAACAUAUCGAUAAAGACCAGCGUUACCAUAGAGAUCAGAUACCAGCCGAUGGAUGGCAUAGUGGGUGUGUGGAGUGAUGGGGACUUCCUGGAUGUUCCUGAUGACCGUGAUGGGACAUUCGCCUUUGAAACAGACAGCUUGCUGUCAGGGCAAAGCCACGGGUCAGGGACGCCCCCUGGACGAUCUUUACACGGGUCCAUACCAACGUUCAGAAAAGCAGGGAAGGGAGUUUUCUCAGCCAUGAAGCUUGGCAAGAUCAAGAGCUCUAAAGACGACCAUAAGAAAGCAGAUGAGCCAGCCAUCCUGGACAUGGAGGACCUGGACAAGAAAGCAAUGCGUCUUGCUGGCAUGCUGGAACCAGACACCAUCUCUUUGGCCUCUGUCACAGCUGUCACCACAGACGUCUCCAAUAAAAGGUCAAAGCCAGAUAUAAAGAUGGAACCAAGCUCUGGACGACCAGUGGAUUAUCAGAUUAGCAUCACAGUGAUCGAGGCCAGACAGCUAAUUGGCCUCAACAUGGACCCUGUGGUGUGUGUGGAGAUUGGCGAUGACAAGAAGUACACAUCUAUGAAGGAGUCCACCAACUGUCCAUACUACAAUGAGUAUUUUGUCUUUGAUUUCCAUGUCCCUCCUCAUGUCAUGUUUGAUAAGAUCAUCAAGCUUUCAGUUAUUCAUUCCAAAAACCUUUUACGGAGUGGGACCUUGGUGGGGACCUUCAAGAUGGAUGUUGGGACUGUUUACUCUCAACCUGAACACCAGUUCUACCAUAAAUGGGCCAUCCUGUCUGAUCCUGAUGACAUCACUGCAGGGUGUAAAGGAUAUAUAAAGUGUGACAUUGCUGUGGUCGGAAAGGGUGACAAUAUCAAGACUCCACACAAGGCCAAUGAGACUGAUGAAGAUGACAUAGAGGGAAAUCUCCUGCUCCCAGAGGGCAUCCCAGCAGAGAGGCAGUGGGCGAGGUUUUAUGUGAGGAUCUACCGUGCCGAGGGACUUCCUAAAAUGAACACAAGCAUCAUGGCUAAUGUGAAAAAGGCCUUCAUAGGAGAGAACCGAGACUUGGUGGACCCCUAUGUUCAAGUGCAUUUUGCUGGGCAGAAGGGAAAGACUUCAGUCCAGAAGAGCAGUUAUGAACCAAUCUGGAAUGAGCAGAUCAUCUUCACUGAGCUGUUUCCUCCUCUCUGCAAAAGGAUAAAGGUCCAAAUAAGAGACUCGGAUAAAGUCAAUGAUGUGGCCAUAGGAACCCACUUCAUUGACCUUCGCAAGAUAUCAAAUGAUGGUGAUAAAGGGUUCUUACCUACCAUGGGUCCAGCCUGGGUCAAUAUGUAUGGUUCCACCCGUCAGUACACUUUAAUGGAUGAGCAUCAGGACCUGAACGAUGGACUCGGAGAAGGGGUGUCCUUCAGAGCUCGUCUCCUGCUCUCCAUAGCUGUGGAGAUCCUGGACACUACUUCACCCGAGAUCAUCAGCUCGACUGAGGUUCAGAUGGAGUCUGUUUCCAACAUCUCAGAGAGUGCUACAGGUAAAAUGGAAGAGUUCUUCCUCUUUGGUUCCUUCCUGGAAGCCACCAUGAUCGACAGGAAGAUUGGCGACAAGCCAAUCAGUUUUGAAAUCACAAUAGGUAACUACGGCAACCAGAUCGAUGGCGUGAGCAAACCUUUGUCGAAGAAGAAGAAGAAAGAUGGAGACGAUGAAGAAGAGGAAAGUGAGCUAAUCCAGAAUUCCAGCGAGGAUGAGGCGGACGAGGAUGGGGACCUCGUAUCAGUCUCCUCAACUCCUCCCAUGAAACCUGUCAUCACUGACAGGAACUACUUCCAUCUUCCCUACUUUGAAAAGAAGCCAUGCGUCUACAUCAGGAGCUGGUGGCAGGACCAGAGAAGACGACUUUACAAUUCCAACAUGAUGGAUAAAAUUGCAGACAAGCUGGAAGAGGGUUUGAAUGAUGUUCAGGAGAUUAUUAAGACAGAGAAAGCCUUUCCAGAGCGUAGACUUAGGGGAGUGCUGGAGGAGCUCAGCAUUGGUUGCAGUCGGUUUGUGAAUCUGGCUAACAAGGAUCUGAACCAGGCAGGCAGAACCAAACUCGAUCGAGAGAGACUCAAGUCCUGCAUGAGAGAGAUGGACAGCAUGGGUCAACAGGCCAAGCAGAUUCGGACUCAGGUGAAGAAAAACACAGUCAGAGACAAACUCAAGCUGGUGCAGAACUUCCUGCAGAAGCUUCGCUUCCUUGCUGAUGAGCCUCAGCACAGCAUUCCAGAAGUUUUCAUUUGGAUGAUGAGCAAUAAUAAGCGCAUUGCUUAUGCCCGAAUACCUUCCAAAGACAUCCUGUACUCCAUAGUGGAUGAGGAAACUGGCAAAGACUGUGGAAAAGUCAAAGCUGCAUUCCUCAAGCUGCCUGGUAAGAAGGGGUUUGGUCCUGCAGGCUGGACAGUUCAGGCUAAGCUGGAGUUAUAUCUGUGGCUGGGCCUCAACAAGCAGCGGAAGGAUUUCCUCCGUGGUCUACCUAAUGGUUUUGAAGAGAUUAAAGCCACUAAAACUGGUCCCGGUCUUCAAUCUAUACCUCCCGUCAGCCUGGUCUACAACAUGAAGCAAGUGUUCCAGCUGAGAGCACACAUGUACCAGGCUCGAAGUCUGUUUGCUGCUGACAGCAGCGGCCUUUCAGACCCCUUUGCUCGGGUCUUCUUUUCCACACACAGCCAGGUUACUGAGGUUCUGAGUGAGACACUUUGCCCAACAUGGGAUCAGCUGCUGGUGUUUGAUGAUGUGGAGCUGUUUGGGGAGGCCAGUGAGCUGAGAGAUGACCCUCCAAUUAUUGUGAUUGAAAUCUAUGAUCAGGACACUGUGGGUAAGGCAGAGUUCAUAGGUCGGACCUUUGCAAAGCCCACCAUCAAGAUGUGUGAUGAGCUUUAUGGACCCCCGAGGUUCCCGCCACAGCUGGAGUACUUCCAGAUUUACAGGGGGAACUGCACUGCUGGGGAGCUUCUGGCUGCUUUUGAGCUGCUACAGAUUGGUCAAGGAGGCAGGGCUGACCUUCCCCCCCUUGAGGGACCAACAGACUCAGAGCGUGGACCCAUCCUCCCUGUGCCGCUCGGCAUCCGGCCCGUCCUGAGUCGCUACCGCAUAGAGGUUUUGUUCUGGGGAUUAAGGGACCUGAAGAGAAUCAACUUGGCUCAGGUGGAUAGGCCCCGUGUGGACAUAGAGUGUGCAGGCAGAGGUGUACAAUCUGCACUCAUUCAAAACUACAAGAAGAAUCCCAAUUUCAGCACUCUAGUCAAAUGGUUUGAGGUGGACCUUCCAGAAAAUGAGCUUCUCCAUCCUCCUCUCAACAUUCGGGUGGUGGACUGCAGAGCCUUCGGCCGCUACAUCCUGGUGGGGUCCCACGCUGUAAGCAGCCUAAGACGUUUCAUCUACAGCACUCCAGACAAGAACUCCAACAACUGGGCCACCGCAGCUAAGCUAAUGAAUGGCUACAUGGUCCUGACCAAUGGCGGACCUCAGCCCCGCUCCUCACCGAGCCUUUCUUCCCGCUCCUUCUCUCACCCCGCAGGUGAUAUCCUUGUCAACGUGGAUGGAGAACCUCCAGUCCGAAAGAUGGACACAGUCGUCAAGUUAGAUGCAAUGUCUGAUGCUGUUGUAAAAGUUGACAUGAUUGAGGAAGAAAGUGACAAAGACAAAAAGAAGAAGAAGAAGAAAAAGAAGGGAGGAAUGGAGGAAGAGGAUGAGACAGACGAGAGUGUGCUGGACUGGUGGUCCAAAUAUUUUGCUUCCAUAGAGACACUAAAGGAGACCCUCAGAGCCCAGGAGGCAGCACAGGCAGAGGCGGAGGAGAGAGAGGACUUUGAGAUAGCAGCUGAAGCGGCAGAUAUCAAACCUGAUGACCUUCUUCUGAAAGGCUCCAAGAUGAAGGAAAAGGGCAAAGAGAAGAAGAGCUCUAAGGACAAGAAGAAGGGUCAGGCUGCAGAUGGCUCAGAGAAGCGACCAGUGAAAGCAAAAGUGGAUGAGCUAGUGGUGUACAACAAGGAACUCGAAAGUGAGUACGGAAACUUUGAAGAUUGGCUUCACACUUUCAACUUGUACAGAGGAAAGGCUGGGGAUGACGAUGAACACGCUCUGGAUGAUGACAGGAUUGUUGGCAGAUUCAAGGGAUCCUUGUGUAUAUACAAGCUACCCCUGUCUGAAGAGAUCACAAGAGAAGCAGGAUUUGAUCCUAAUAUGGGCAUGUUCCAGAGCAUUCCACACAACGAUCCAGUCAACGUCCUCGUUCGUGUCUACGUGGUCAGGGCUACAGACCUUCAUCCUGCUGACAUUAAUGGGAAAGCUGAUCCUUACAUUGUGAUUAAGCUGGGCAAGUCAGAGGUCAAGGACAAAGAGAACUACAUCUCCAAACAGCUCAAUCCAGUAUUUGGAAAAUCAUUUGACAUCGAGGCCACGUUCCCCAUGGAGUCUAUGCUAACGGUCUCUGUGUAUGACUGGGAUCUGGUCGGCACCGAUGACCUGAUUGGAGAGACAAAAAUUGACUUGGAGAACCGUUUCUACAGCAAAUUCAGAGCCACCUGCGGCAUUUCUUCCAGCUACUCUGUCCAUGGCUAUAAUACUUGGCGGGACCCUUUGAAGCCCAGCCAGAUCCUGGCUAAGCUCUGUAAGGAUGGCAAGAUCGAUGGACCUCAUUAUGGACCAGGAGGCAAAGUCAAGGUGGCUAAUCGAGUCUUUACAGGACCAACAGAGAUUGAGGAUGAAAAUGGUCUAAAGAAGCAGACUGAUGAGCAUUUGGCCGUCACGGUGCUGAAUCACUGGGAGGAGAUCCCAAGGGUUGGCUGCAAGCUUGUCCCCGAGCAUGUGGAGACCCGACCCUUGCUGAACCCUGACAAACCCGGGAUUGAACAGGGCCGUAUAGAAAUGUGGGUGGACAUGUUCCCUAUGGAUAUGCCUGCACCAGGACCUGCAAUUGACAUAUCUCCACGAAAACCAAAGAGAUAUGAGCUCAGGGUGAUUAUUUGGAAUACAGACGAAGUAAUACUGGAGGACGAUGAUUACUUCACUGGGGAAAAGUCCAGUGACAUAUUUGUCAGGGGAUGGCUGAAAGGGCAGCAGGAGGACAAACAAGACACAGAUGUGCACUACCACUCAUUGACCGGUGAGGGAAACUUUAACUGGCGCUUCGUCUUCCCCUUUGAUUAUCUCAUGGCUGAGGAGAAAAUUGUCAUCUCAAAGAAGGAGUCCAUGUUUUCCUGGGAUGAGACUGAAUACAAGAUCCCCCCUCGUCUCACGCUGCAGGUCUGGGAUGCAGACCACUUCUCUGCUGAUGAUUUCCUGGGUGCAAUCGAGCUGGACCUAAACCGUUUUCCUCGGGGUGCAAAGACAGCCAAGCAGUGCACUCUUGACAUGAUCCGAAAUGAGCAGGAUCUGCCAACCAUUUCAAUCUUCAAACAAAAGAGGGUCAAAGGAUGGUGGCCGUUUGUAGCCCGUAAUGAAAACGAUGAAAUGGAGCUCACGGGGAAGGUUGAGGCUGAGCUUCACCUGGUGACAGCAGAGGAAGCCGAGAAAAGUCCUGUUGGACUGGGACGAAAUGAGCCUGAUCCACUGGAAAAACCAAAUCGCCCAGACACCACCUUCCUGUGGUUCCUGAGCCCGCUGAAAGCAAUCCGCUACCUGGUGUGCAACCGCUACAAGUGGCUGAUCAUCAAGAUAGUGCUGGCCCUGCUGCUGCUCAUCAUGGUGGGCCUCUUCCUCUACAGCAUGCCAGGCUACCUUGUCAAGAAGCUGCUGGGGGCCUAAGUCACUACUGGGAGGAUGGGGAGGGGGCGUGGCCACACGAAUAGAUGGAAGAAUGGAUAGAUAAGUGAAUGGGAGAGACACUGAUGCUAGAUGCUGGCUCGCUCACAAGAAGGGAGGCAGAAGGAUUACUUUAUUUUCUCCUCCUUAAUCUAUUCUGAUCUUCAUAAUCAGCUCAUACCUUCCCUCUUAACACUGAGGGGAGAAGGAAACACCAUCGAAAGUGACCACCCCACUGCCCCCAUCCUUACCCCCCUGGUCCGAAGAUCUACUUAACAGCUCUGCAAAACGCCUAACAAAUCUAAUGUACAGUAUUUGGACUCCAUCCUUUUAGCUAAUUAGACAGCAAUCACACGCCACAAAGUAACCCCUGAUCUAACUUGAAAAUCUUCUGAAGCAAUGCCACAUGAUAGUGAAUGGUUCCUUAUUUGUUUUAGCUCUCAGUUUCUUUGAGUGUUUUAGGGUUAGUGGUCAGGCGAUUGCACUUUCAAGUCAUACUAUAUGACCUCUCAUUACUGUCUAUUGAUUUAUCUUAACAGGGAACAAAUAAACAAUACGUUGGGUAACACUUUAAUUCAGCUCUUUAAUUUAUAAGCACUAUAUAGACAAUGAGUUAAUGGUUUGUGGUGUGGUAUUACAAUGUAGACAAAUUGAAUAAGUCCCUGCAGAUAAGCUGAUAUCAAUGCCGGCUCACAGCUAAUGCCUCAGAUUAUACCUUUCCAUUCUAUUUAAGAUGCUUUAGCCUGCCCACAUUUGCUGCACAACUGCAAGCUGCUUUGCAACCCACAUCCAUUCCAGCCCCUCCUUCUCAUGCUGCUUCUGACUUAAUCAGUGCCACAUCAUUGAUGCCUGUCUCAGAACAGAGCUGUGCCAUUGAAUAUCAAUUCUGAUGAUCGUGGACCUCAGAAAUGUCAGAAAUGUUGUUGACAGUUAUAAAAGUUACUCAAUUUAUAACCCAGCUUUCAUUUAUCACUGCCUACAGCAGACAUUAUAAACACUCCUAUUUCCAUUUCCAUUCGCGUUUGUUAUAACCUGUAUAUGAAAUGUCUAUUUAAUGCUUAUAAAUGACAGCAAGGGGGUUAAAGUGUUACCUUUUUUAACUGUUAUUGGUAUUGCAGUUUUGCACACUUAUAUAAUAAUAAUAAUAAUAAUGAAACAAAAUAAUUCUAUUUUGCUAUUGAAUUUCGAUGAGACAUAGAACAAGGUGACUUCAGAAUUAAUCAUAUAAUUAAUAAGCACUGUUGUGGAGUUUAGUUUAACUGCAGUGUUAAAGAUUUCCUCACUAGAAUCAAAAGAAACAACGCAGACUUGGGUCAAACAGGGUUUGGAAAUGAUUCAGCUCUUUCCCUCAUUUUUAUAAUUGUGUUGACUGUACAAGCACAGUUGUUCCCAGCUGCUUCCCUCUGGAUCUCCUGUAUUUAGUCGGUACUCUCCUUUUGUGUGUGCGUGCGUGCAAUGCCCAGUCUUCUGACUCGUGAUCCUCACUGAUAAAAUUCCAAGAGGAAAAUGAAACUAAUUAUUUGUGAAUAUCAUUUGACCAGGGUCUGUUUAAUAAUCCUCCAAAGUUACAGACAUGUAAAGGUGAUCACUGUUGUCUACAGUAUAUGUUAAUAUGCAUGCAUCACUGUGAUAACUGACCGGAGAGGUCAUGUGUGUUGGCAUGACUUGUCUUUCCAGCUUGACGCAAACCAAAUCACCAACCCUGUCGUCUUUAACGUUAAAAGAAAAUGUGAAAAUGAUUUUUAUGGGAAUUUGAUUAAAAUGCGCUUCUGAAAACUCUGGUUUCUGUCUCCAUA